GCACUUUUUAAAGUAACAAACAACAUUUAAUAGCUCAUAUGGCUUGUAUUAACAUUAUGUAAUGUAAUGACAAACGUAAACCUAGCCUAUACUGUAAAAUAUACACUCACCAAAUUCCUUAUAAUUACGGACUUUCACCAGAGGGAGGCGUAUCUUACUAUUCUGCAAUUAUGUAUUCGUGUACUGGCUAUUUCUUAAGUUACUGUCACGUCAUUAAGUCAUUAAAGAGUGAAUCAGAUGCACAGUCACGUUUAUUUCACAGGUAACCCUUGUUGUUUGUUAUUCUUCUGAUAUUUACCUCAUAUUUUCUUUUAUAUGGCUAUUUUAUUAAAUGAAAACAAAUGGUCCGGCAAUAGGUUUUAGUUUAGACUUUAAGGUUAAGGUGCCGUGAAAGACCCUCUGAGUAAUGUCACUAGUAGCAGCAUCACCAGAUAAAAUGAAUGUGUUGUAAGCGCCCAAGUGUCAUUUGCUAUCGAGAGCACGCGCUCCUGUUCACUCGCCCGCGCGCUUCAGUGUCACUGGCUCUCCGCGCGCUGACAGCCUGCUGCCGCUGCUGCUGCUGGACAGGAACCAUGGAGGAGAAACACAAGGAUGACAGCGCCAAAGACCCGCAAUCAACGUCCUACCAGAGAAGGAUGUGGAGGAAUUUCCAAGAGAAGACCAAACCGUUUCUGAGCCCCAAACUGGGGUCCGAACGACGCAGCGGGGAUGCUAAAAAAGAAAGCGGGUUGUGGAUGUUUAAAAGAAAGAAGAAACAGGUCCUGGACCGGGUCUUCUCGUCCUCGCAGCCCAAUCUGUGCUGCUCAACUCCGCCGUCUUUCGUAGGCGACAGGACCCUGUGCGAGCAGCCGGACUCCAGCGCCGGUAAAGGGCUCGGGAUCUCACCGCUGGCCGCUGCUGAUGGAGCUUCAGUCAGUAAACCGGAGAUUUCCGUCUCCGCGCACGGAAGCCCGAAGCUGCUGGUGUCUCAUCUGGUGAUGUCCCAGCAGAAGAGCUCGUCCUUGGGCUCGACGUGCUUCGAGAAGCUGGUGGUGGAUUCGGCAGCAUCCAGUGAGGAUGAGCUGGCUAAAAACGCUAGUGACCUGGGCAUCAAUAUUGUGGAGCCAAGUAAUGAAGAACUUCCUCCCCGGUCAAAACCAGGAAUGUAUCAGCUGGACAUCGUGUUGAAGAAGGGCAAUAAUCUGGCCAUCAGGGACAGGGGAGGGACCAGUGAUCCAUAUGUCAAGUUUAAGAUAGCAGGGAAGGAGGUUUUCCGCAGCAAAACGAUCCACAAGAACCUGAACCCAGUAUGGGAUGAGAAAGUCAGUCUGCUGGUGGAGAGUUUGAGAGAGCCACUCUACGUGAAGGUCUUUGACUAUGACUUUGGGCUGCAGGAUGACUUUAUGGGCUCUGCAUAUCUCUAUUUAGAGUCCCUGGAGCACCAAAGGACAUUGGAUGUGACCCUUGACCUCAAAGAUCCCCACUAUCCCAACCAUGACCUGGGUUCACUGGAACUGGCAGUCACACUUGUUCCAAAAGAGGGAGACUUCAGGGAAGCAACCAUGCUUAUGAGAAGGAGCUGGAAACGAUCCAGUAAGUAUCAGAGUCUGAGGUUAUCAGACGUUCACAGAAAGGCUCAGCUGUGGAGAGGCAUUGUUAGCAUCAGUCUCAUCGAGGCCCGUGACCUCCAGCCUAUGGAUGCUAAUGGCCUUAGUGACCCUUAUGUCAAAUUCAGAAUGGGACAUCAAAAGUACAAAAGUAAGACAAUACCAAAAACACUAAACCCCCAGUGGAGAGAGCAGUUUGACUUCCACCUGUAUGAUGAACAGGGCGGUUUCAUUGAUAUCACCAUCUGGGACAAAGAUGCAGGGAAAAAAGAUGACUUUAUGGGCAGGUGCCAGGUGGACCUCUCUGUUCUCUCAAAGGAGUGCACACACAGACUGGACCUGCCUCUGGAGGAGGGUGAGGGCGCACUGGUGCUGCUGGUCACUCUCACAGCCUCGGCUGCAGUCUCCAUCGCUGACCUGUCCGUCAACGUACUGGACGACCCACAUGAGAGGAAGGAGAUUCUCCACAGAUAUAGUCUACUCAGAUCCUUUCACAAUAUUAAAGACGUGGGCAUGGUGCAGGUGAAGGUGAUCCGAGCAGAGGGGCUGAUGGCAGCUGAUGUUACAGGCAAGAGUGACCCCUUCUGUGUAGUGGAACUCAGCAACGAUCGGUUACAGACGCACACCGUGUACAAAAACCUCAACCCAGAGUGGAACAAAGUCUUCACGUUCAAUGUGAAAGACAUCCACUCAGUCUUAGAGGUGACUGUCUAUGACGAAGACAGAGACCGAAGUGCCGACUUCUUGGGCAAAGUGGCCAUUCCAUUGUUAAAUAUCCAAAAUGGAGAACGCAAAGCUUACGCCUUGAAAAGCAAGGAACUGACAGGGCCAACCAAAGGGGUCAUCUUUCUCGAAAUAGACGUGAUUUAUAACGUUGUAAAAGCCGGCAUGAGAACUUUGAUUCCCAUCGAACAGAAAUACAUUGAAGAGGAGCCACGAGUGUCCAAACAGCUGCUGCUGCAGAACUUCAACAGAGUGAGGCGCUGUAUAAUGUUCCUGAUCAAUGCUGGCUGCUAUAUCAACAGCUGCUUUGAGUGGGAGUCUCCUCAGAGGAGCAUCUGUGCCUUUCUGCUUUUCGUUGUGGUUGUGUGGAAUUUUGAGCUCUAUAUGGUCCCGCUGGUUCUCCUGAUGCCGCUGGCCUGGAACUACAUUCUCAUUGCUUCAGGGAAGGACACGAGACAGGGAGAUGUGCAAGCUGUGGAGGAUUUGCUGGAGGACGAGGAGGAAGACUUUGACAGAGAUGACAAGGUGCCGGGCUCAGUCCCCUCCCAGGAUGGCCGGCUGCCGGAAAGCCAUAUCCUUGCGGAUAUUUUGGCUUCCUGGCACUUUGAGUGGAUACGCGUGAUGGUGGACUCAGAGAGAAAGGGUUUCAUGAAUAAGCUGUAUGCCAUUCAGGAUGUGUGUAUCAGUGUGCAGAAUGCUCUGGAUGAAGUGGCCUCCUAUGGUGAGAGGAUAAAGAAUACUUUCAAUUGGACUGUGCCUUUCCUCAGCUGGCUGGCCAUAGUUGCCCUGUGUGCAGCCACUCUUGUGGUGUACUUCAUUCCUCUCAGAUACAUUGUACUGGCCUGGGGGGUGAACAAGUUCACCAAAAAACUGCGAGACCCGUACAGCAUGGACAACAAUGAGCUGUUGGACUUCUUGUCCCGAGUCCCCUCAGACGUUCAAGUGGUGCAGUACCGAGAGCUGAAAGUGGAGCCCAGUCACAGCCCAAACAAAAGAAAGAAAAAUAACCCAGGAUAGCUCCUCUUCUCGCACGGAUGCUCUCCCAACGCCAAGGAGAAGGAGAGGACUGACUGGCAACCAGCCUCUUUCUGUCUUUCUUCCUCGCUCUUUUUCUCUCUGUCUUAGCUGCAGCGCGGAGAGUUAAAGAGCGCGGUCAGAGUAAAAACGGGACCAUUGUUAAUUACCAUCUGUCCUUUUUUUGGGUUUAUUUUUGCGGCAGGGCUCUUGACCCCUUUUAGAGUCAAACAGUCUGGGUUAUUUGUCAGCGCUUGCCACUAGCCAGACAGCUCUAAAAGCCAAGGUGUCCUUCCACGGCGGCAAACUGAGCCGCUCUAACCACAAAUAGCAGGAUCAGCUGAUAAUACGCCCACCUGUGCCGACACACCUCGCCUCUACAGAAGGGAAAACGACGGUGGUUAAGUUGCAGUUUGCACCCUAUAAUUUGCGCGGCACAGUCACUGCCAUAUCUAAAGCUAUCCGCAGCUGUUAUUAGAGUCGACAGCUGAGCCUGUUACGGUCCGAUUUAUGGCUGCAACUAAAGUGCUCGUGGAAAUGACUCAAAAAAUGCCCAGUGCCAGUGAGGUUUGCGAUAUCUUUACGUCAUUUCGAUGUUCUUUUAACGGUAUGAAUGAUGCAUGCUGGGCUUGUUUAUUGUAAACCUUUUUUGACCAAUAGUAGCCGUGGCAGCGUCAGCAUUGUCCUCAUAGUGGGGAUUUGGGAAUUUACGUUCCCUUGCAUCAUUCCCUCUUCAUCCUUUGCUCCUAAAGCACCGCAAAGUGCCACUCUGCUAAACGUCGGUUUUCGCCACCAGAAUUUUGAUGGUGUGGCGAGAGAAGCACUUCUCUGUCAUGUUCCCAUGUGCCGCAACUCUGCCCUACGUUGGGCGCCAGCUCAAACUUUGAUCUCUAAAGGCCAAGUGCUGUUUUACUGAGGAAAAACUGGCCAAAAUCUUUCGAAAAUUCCCAAACUUGAAGGGCGAAUGUCUGUGUGUGUUUUCAUUGCUGUGGAUUGGCUGCUUGACAAGAAGUCGAUAGCGUGUGACAGGCUGCUUUAGGGCCUUGGGGGGUACCGGAGGGCAGAGGUUUACUGACGCCGCCGUGGAGAAAAAGGAGGACGCGGGCUGCUUUCUCUGCGCUCCUCCUGUCAUUCCGCUUUCUCUCCCUCUGUCAUUUCCUCUCGUUCAUCCAGCCGCUUGCGAGGGAGGUCAUGGACGGGUCCACGGGGCGCUCUUGAGGGACCUCGGCGUAGCGAGCGAUGAAAGAUCACAGCGCAGGCUACAUCAGAAAGGACGCUAGCCUCCCUCCUGACUUCUCAUUUGCCGUAUCAGAUCUAUCAUAUGGAAAGACCAUUGAUUUGUCGGAGGGAAUUCCAUUACAAAGACAACAAUCCCCACUGAGCAGGACACGGACGGUACUUCAGUGACUUGCGUUAUAUAAAAAAUUUAAAAAAAAAACAACACAAUGGUGAUUUGAACAGCAGAAAGGAUAGUUUUCUAAGCCUGAAUGUGUUUCUAUGUACUGUACGUGUUGAUUUGGGUUUAUUGUGAAUGGUUUUUGCAUCCCAAAAGCUUUUUGUUUCGUAAAAGUGCACAUGCUAUGUUUGCAAGCAAAACCAAAGUGGAUCUUUUUUUGGAAAUAAUAAUAUAUAUUAUAAAAAAGAGAGACAACUAUGUAAAAUGUAUCUAUUGAGUGGAAAAGGAAUAAAGGCACUUUCAUUUAUACCAGAUUUUUUAAUUAUUUAUUUAACAAACUUUUUUUGUUGUUGUUGUAAAUAUUCCCAGUGUAAAAACAGACAAAAAACAAAACAAAAAAAAACACAGAAUAUAUGUGGUCAGAGAAUAUGUGUGAUCAGUUUAUGAAACUGUAAUGUGUCUGUGUCAUUUUAAAACCUGUUGCCUGUGAUGUCAUACUGUGACUGGCUGGAACGCAGUUUGCAGAUUUGUGACAAAAUUGAAACUAAUAUAUGAACUAUGAAUAAUUUGUCAUUACUUUUAAAGAUGUUUUGUUUCUUUUUUAUAUAAUUAUUGCUUGCGUUCAUCAAUAAAAAAAAAAAUCUCAAAGCAUGUAAACAAGAAUGACUUGUGCAGUGCUAUUUUAGUAUUAUUUCUGUAUAUUAUCAUAGUAUAUAUGAAUAUUUUUCAUAUAUUUUAAUAUUAUUUUUAUUAGUUACCAUUUCUAUUUAGCAUUAUUUUUAUUCCAGUUUUUCAUUCAAAAUGUACAUUUACAUUAGAUACUUUAAAACUAAAUUGGUUUUUAAUAAAUGAAUGAUAACAUUAGGCACAAGGUCUCAUCUAUAGAUCUUAGCGGUGGGUCUUUUGUAGACAAACACACAGGUGUGUACAAGCUGGUUCAUCUUUCACACGCAGAGUCAUUCAUUUCUUACACCUUCACCAGCGCUGCUACAUUUCAAGCCGUGAGCCAGGUUUCCCUGCCGAACACCUCACAAUGUAAGGGCUCUUCACACGCUCUCAGAGUGAUGGAGGGACUGUGUGUUCCUCCACGGGGGCCAAAGGGGCUCCCCUGUGCUCUCAGCCUCUGUGGCCUCCCAUCAUUUGUUAGUCUGGCUGUUUCUUCCCUGUCUGAUCCCUGCUGUUAUUCAAUAUGACACCGUAGCAUCACAUGGCGUGAUCCAGUACAAACGGCCGCUCUGCCAGACGCUAAUAAUCACGGCCAUGCUGAAAGUAAGAACACUUGAGCUUGUUAUUUAUUAACCUCAGCAUCCUCCAUCGCUCUUGGGCUGUCAGGCUCAGACCAUCCACAGCGUCUUGGGUUCUAAUCCCAAAGCCGGACUCUGUGAUCCCUCGUCACCUCCGGAGGCUGCAUUGUAGUUGAAAAGGGCAUGAUCAGGAAACGGCUCAUUCUUCAUGGAGGUCUUUGGAUGGAUUCUCUGCUUUUGUACUGGAAUCAGUUGUUUGGAGGGGAUUGAUUAUUAACCCCACAUGGCACACAUAUGAGUUCCCUCCAUCAUCCUGGAUCAGAGAACUGUGAAGCGAUGUCUUACAGGCUGGGCUUCAGCUAAAGUAAGGUUUGUUCAUUUGGAACAAAAGCAUGGGGAGUUGCAGAGUCUAAUGGACUGCAAAUUAUAUACGCUACAAGUGAAAAGUAAUUUCUCAUGAUCUUCUCAAAUGAAUUUCUAUGAAACUUUUUUUAAACGAGUGGACCAGAUAAGACAAAAAGUGUGUGAAAUCUGUUUUGAAAUCUUCCCAGGAUGAUGUCCAAAGUGUGCUGAGCUACAAUUGAGAGAAGAAUUAAUAUUGCCAAUUCUGAUUUAUCAUUUGGUUGUUCACUAUAUAUUUCUUGUACAUCCAUUUGUGUUAAUUCAUCGUUUUGAGGAUUAAAAUGUGGAAAAUAGCCAGUGCUGGGUAGUAACUGAUUACAUGUAAUCUGGAUUACGUAAUCAGAUUCCAAAAAUUAAUUACUUGUAAUUAGAUUAUAUUACAUUUUAAAAUACUUGUAAUCAGAUUACAGUUCUUUUUACUGAUUACAUGAUUAUAUAUUAUUCACACAAUAGCAAUAAAUUUAUCAUAAUUUACUGAUUAUCCCUAAUUCUUUUCCAUCUUUUAAAUUUGAAAAAAGUCUCCUUGAGAUUUUAAGGUAAAAAGUUUAGAAGUAACCCAUUUGCAUGUUCACAGUUCUCUGACAUUAAUUAAUGGUCACAUGAUGCGGAGGUAAACAAAUAAAAUAUUUAAUUUUUUUUAGUAAGUAUUUUAUUUUGAUUGUUGUUAUUUUAAAAUGAUUUAUUUUAGUUUUACUUUUUUAUAAUUAAAUAAGUUAUUAGCUUUCAUUAAACUCACAAACCCCAUGCAGUUCCUUCACAAACCCCAAUUUGGGAAACCUUGACAUGUGUUGUUAAUAUAUUUUCUUUCUCUGUGUAUUUUUAUAUCAAUAUGGUACAAAAUUUGCAAUGUGAUAAACGAGUUUGGUCAAAAGUAAUUUAAAAGUAAUCUGAUUAUAUGACCUUAAAUGUAUAAAUGUAA